AUGUCAUUGCAGUUUCGAGACUCAGUCAGUCAUUGUGUUGCUUUUCGCUCUUGGUAUUCAAUGUCUGUCACACUGUACACGGAUCUCGGCGAGUUCAAGAUCGAGCUGUUCUGCGACCAAGCGCCCAAGGCCUGCGAGAACUUUCUAGCCCUGUGCGCAAGUGGAUAUUAUAACGGCUGCACGUUUCACCGAAAUAUCAAGGGCUUUGUAUUGCAAACGGGCGAUCCGACCAAUACCGGAAAAGGCGGCACGAGCAUCUGGAACCGAAAGUUUGAAGACGAGUUUGUGGAUACAUUGAAGCACAACGCGCGAGGAAUCGUGUCCAUGGCCACCAACGCACCCGACUCGAACGGCUCGCAGUUUUUCAUUACCUAUGCAAAGCAGCCCCAUCUAGACAACAAGUGCACUGUUUUUGGGAGAGUGAUUCAUGGUCUCGAGACGCUGGAUCACUUUGAGAAGGCUCCUGUUGACGAGAAGCACCGCAUGACCUUCCCAGCGCAAAUCCGGCGCGUUGCCAUCCACGCAAAUCCCUAUGCGAAUUGAUUGCUUCUUGUUUCUGAGUUUGUUUCAUAAUAAUCCAUGCAUUUAAGCCAGAAGGUUGUCCGGCGCUUCUUCCUUACUCUGAUUCUGACGCUGA